GAUGAAAACAGAAAAGUCCCAUUCCCAGCAACUCCCACGUACCAAACGCCUCUUUCUUAGUUAGCACUUCACUGCACACGAAUUGUAUCAAAUUUACUGCUCAUCCGUUUGCAUAUUCCAACUGAUCGAAUGGUAAUACUACCGGUUUCCCAGCUAUCAACUAAUCUGGGUUUAUCGCUGGUUUCACCCACCAAGAACAACCCAGUUAUGGGCAACGUUUCUGAGCGAAAUCAAGUCAAUCAACCCAUUUCUGCUAAAAGGGUUGCUGUUGUUGGUGCUGGUGUUAGUGGACUUGCUGCGGCGUAUAAGCUAAAAUCGAAUGGCUUGAAUGUGACAUUGUUUGAAGCUGAUAGUAGAGCUGGUGGGAAACUCAAAACUGUUGUAAAGGAUGGUUUGAUUUGGGAUGAAGGGGCAAAUACCAUGACAGAGAGCGAUGAGGAGGUCACGAGUUUGUUUGAUGAUCUCGGGAUUCGUGAGAAGCUACAGCUACUUACUCUUUCACAGCCAAUUUCACAAAACAAAAGAUACAUUGCCAGAGAUGGUCUUCCUGUGCUGUUACCUUCAAAUCCAGUUGCGCUCCUGAAGAGCAAUAUCCUUUCAGCAAAAUCUAAGCUACAAAUUAUGUUGGAACCUUUUCUUUGGAAAAAACACAAUGGUGCUAAGGUUUCUGACGAGAAUGCCCAAGAAAGUGUGGCUGAGUUUUUUGAGCGGCAUUUUGGGAAAGAGUUUGUUGAUUAUUUAAUUGAUCCUUUUGUCGCGGGUACAAGUGGUGGAGAUCCUCAAUCUCUUUCUAUGCGUCAUGCAUUUCCAGAAUUAUGGAAUAUUGAGAACAGGUUUGGUUCAGUGAUUUCUGGAUUCAUUCAGUCUAAACUGUCAUCCAAGAAGGAAAAGGGUGGAGAAAAGCAAUCUUCUAAUAAGAAGCCACGUGUACGUGGUUCGUUUUCUUUUCAGGGUGGAAUGCAGACACUAGUUGACACUAUAUGCAAAGAGUUUGGUGAAGAUGAACUCAAACUCCAGUCUGAGGUUCUUUCAUUGUCAUACAGCCAUAAUGGAAGCCUUACAUCAGAGAAUUGGUCAGUGUCUUCUAUGUCAAACAGCACCAUCCAAGAUCAACCAUAUGAUGCUGUCGUUGUGACCGCCCCAAUCAAUAAUGUCAAAGAACUGAAGAUUAUGAAAGGUGGAAACCCAUUUUCUCUUGACUUCAUUCCAGAGGUGAGCUGUCUACCCCUCUCUGUUAUUAUUACUACAUUCAAGAAGACCAAUGUGAAGAGACCUCUUGAGGGUUUUGGUGUUCUUGUACCCUCUAAUGAGCAACAUAAUGGGCUGAAGACUCUUGGUACUUUGUUUUCCUCAAUGAUGUUUCCUGAUCGUGCUCCCUCUGAUGUGUAUCUAUACACUACCUUUGUUGGAGGUAGCAGAAAUAGAGAACUUGCAAAAGCUUCAACGGAUGAACUGAAGCAAAUAGUUUCUUCUGACCUCCAGCAGCUGUUGGGCACCGAGGGCGAACCUACUUUUGUGAAUCAUUUUUACUGGAGCAAAGCAUUCCCUCUUUAUGGACGCAAUUACGACUCAGUUCUUAGAGCAAUAGAGAAGAUGGAAAGGGACCUUCCUGGACUUUUUUACGCAGGUAACCAUAAGGGUGGACUGUCUGUGGGAAAGUCAAUAGCCUCUGGAUACAAAGCUGCCGAGCUUGCGAUAUCCUAUCUCGAGUCUAACAAGAUGACCGAGGAGACUAUAUAAUAAAGUCAUUUAUAAUUCGAGGAAACACAUCGACGUGAUUGUGUGUAGCUUCCUACACUCAGUCUGAAAUAGUUGAAGGCUGAAACUCAGUUUCAGAAGAAUUCCCUUCUCUUCUCAAAUCAGUCAUAGGUAGUGGUUUGGUUAGUUUAAUUAAACUGUUGUACAAGUCACUUAGGGCACUACCAAAAUGCCCAAGUGGGAAUUUUGUGGUACAGGUGGAAUUCUAACAAUGCAACCUCAUUUUUGGGAGUCAAUAAAUUUGCCUCCUUCCUUAAUUUGGCCCCAAUGUUAGAUUGUGUCACACAGCAUUAAGCCCUUAACCCCUUGUAAUUAACACUCUUGUUUAUCUCUAAUUAAUAUAAUAAAAUAAUUAAUUA